AUGUUUUACAUAUCCAACACAUCCGUUUCGCUGUUGCGUCCAGCCAUCAGAGCUGAAGAAAACCAACCUGCCAGUGGCACAGUGCCACAGCUAGUGAGCGUCAUAUUCCUAAUUAAAGUGAUACGUGCGCUUUACGACGUGUACCGUUUUAAAAACUUUAUUCUCUACAUAAGUGAAGAACUUGAGGUCAACUCGGUGUACGCAGUUGAGUUUUUCGCAAAUCUUUUCGGUGGUCUCCCCUUUGCACCAUUGAUAAUUAUAACCAGCGGCAAUAAAACGGAUCCAACGCUUUAUCACAUAGAUGUUCUUAUCAGCAGACCUUCGCUUAGUCUGGUAUUCUCGACGGGACCGAACGACACAGUUAUGGCACUGGCAACGGAAAGCAUGAAACGUGUACAUAUUUUUAAAACUAUUUUUAUACUUUUUCCUAUGCUGCAGACGGAUGCGAUCUACGACACUACCGAAAAUUAUAGCCUUUUCUGGGAGUCUGUAAAUAAGAUGUGUGCAUGGAUCUGGCGUGAACAAUUUCUCUACACUAUUUUGUUAACUAUCGGCGAUAAUAUCUAUACACUCGAUCCAUAUCCAAAUCUGAAAAUCGUGAACAAAACUGGUAACUGGCAUGUGGCAGACUUUUUCAUUGAUUACUACCACGACUUCAAAGGUUAUGUGCUGAAAACCGUAAUCCAUUAUGAUCUGCCGCGUAUAUUUGAUCGUCGCUAUGAACAAAAUAAUCUUCUAAUUAGCGGCACCUCUGGUAAACUUUUUACAACAUUUACGAAGUCCAUUAAUGUCACGCUAGUUGAUUACACGGUGAUGAGCUCACCUUACGAGCCAAUCGAAAUGGGUGAGGUAAUCGAUCUUAUCGCGAAUAGAACCAUCGAGUUCAGUCCACACUCACUAACGGCACUCUUUGAUGUCGAUUAUGUGGGCAGAAGCUAUCCGAUCGGCAUCAAUGAUUGGUGCAUUAUGGUACCAUUAUACAACAGGUCUGCCGAACAUCUUUAUUUACAACACAGUUUUCAAUAUUACACUUGGCUGCUUGUCCUGUUCGCUGUUAUCUACAUAUCCUUCGCGCUGUGGCUAUGCACCCCCAAGCGUCCCAGGGAAUACAGCAGCGCUUUGCUGCAGGCAAUUUGCUCAAUGCUUAACAUCGCGCACUCAACGUUCUUCAAUACACCGAAUCUGAAUCUUCGCAUGCGUUUUAUUUUCUUCUGUCUCUCUGUGAUUGGCUCUAUAACCUCCAACUGGUAUAUCACAAAGAUCGCUAGCUAUCUAAUGACUUCAUUACCUUCACCACAAAUCGUUACCGUAGACGAUGUAAUACGUGCUAAUUUGCGUAUCAAAGUAUUUGACUAUGAAUAUGAACGUUUGAAGUCCAUGCCUGCGCAAUAUCCGCAACGUUUUCUACAACAACUGGACAUUGUCGAUAAACAAUUCAUGGACCAGCAUCGCGAUACGCUGAACACUAGUUUUGGUUAUAGCAUACAAUCUGAUCGCUGGGAGUUUCUCGAUAUGCAGCAACAGUUCUUGCGACAACCACUCUUUCGGCGUUCGGACAUCUGUGUGGGUCCAUUCCAUCAUGUGUUCCCCUUGUAUACCGAUUCACAUCUUAAUCUGCCUCUUACAUACUUCAUCAUGUAUGCUUCGCAGUCCGGUUUCCUGAUCUAUUGGCGAAAAAAGGCUUUUACUGAUGCCAUACGUUUGAAAUUGGUGAAAAUCAUUUUGAUACAUGAGGAGCCAAGGCCGUUGUCCUUAAGUUUUCUCCUACCGAUUUGGUAUGUGUGGGGCUUGGGACUCACAAUCGCGUUCAUAUUUUUCAUCUGUGAACUGAAGGGUAUAUCUCUAUCGAGACUUAAAAGUGAAGGUGGGCUUAUAUAA